AUGGUAAUGACGAGAAGCCAACAAGAAGGAACCUCUCGGCAACAAAUGGAGGGCGUCACACCAGAGGAACCAAUACCUGAAGUGGUGAUACAGGGAGGAACAGAGGAAAGCAUUCUAGCUGUACUGAGGCAGCUUAAGGCAGAAAUGACGGAGAUGAAGAAGGAGCGAGAAAGAGAUGCACUGGAACUCUCGGCCCUAAGAAGGGAAAAUGCCGCCUUAAGGGAGGAGAUAAGGACACAUGUCCCCUCCCAAACUACACCCGUCAUCCAAGAUCAAGGGGAAUCCUCAGCGUUGCAAGAGAAAUCAAGACAGGUCUAUCAAUCGGUAACCAGAAAUGGCUGGGACGAUCUUGUGAACCGGAGCCCAUUUGUUCACCAUAUUCUGGAGGCUAAGCUGCCCGAUAAUUGGAGAGGGUUGGCAAUAGACAAAUACGAUGACACAUCUGACCCUGGAGAACACGUGGAUGUCUUUACAACACAAGUCGGUCUGUACACAGAAAACGACGCCUUAUGGUGUAGAAUUUUUCCUACUUCACUCAGAGGACCUGCACUCAGUUGGUUCACCCGACUCCUCCCUUUAUCCAUCGACUCUUUUGAAACACUCACAAGACAUUUCAACUUGCAGUUCGCCACAAGCUGGCCUCAUCCCUUAACAUCCUUGGCCCUAGUCAAUAUUCGCCAAGAAAAAGGAGAAUCACUUAGAGCUUUCAUGGAAUGCUUUGGUAGAGUGACUCUUUCAAUCCAUAACUUGGAACCAGCAGUGGCUAUGCACCACCUCACAACAGCGUUAAAGCCAGGACCCUUCGUUAAUAGCAUGUGCAAAAAACCCCCCAUUGACCUAGACGAGUUAAGGAGUCAGGCUGCGAAGUAUAUGCAGAUGGAAGAAUUAUCCGAAUACCGGAACCAGGUACGGACGGACCAAGGAGCCAACUCAAAAAAUGUAGAAAAAAGGGAGGCUUUUAAAGCAAGGCAGGAAAACGAGAGAAGAAAUGAACUUGAACGACCACCUCGGGGACCUAAAUAUCCUUCCUACACUACGCUCAACACUAACCGGUCCAGAGUACUUGAUCAAGCGUUGGCCACAGAAAUAUUGAGAAUGCCUAGACGCGCCAACACUCCUCCUCGGGCAGAUAAAAGUAAGUCUUGCCGAUACCAUCAGAACAGGGGUCACACUACCGAGAAGUGUACAGCACUGAGAGACAAAAUUGAAAAAUUAAUUAAGGACAGAUAUUUAAAAGAUUUCAUAUAG